GAUAGUGAGCGACGCCACGGGACAGGCAUGGCGAGCCGCGAGCGGCAGCACACCCGCAGCUACGACUACGACUACGAGCACCUCGUGCUCGACCCGGCGUCUCUGGGCGUGCCGUGGGCCGACCCGGCCGCCGUGGAGAUCCCGCCGCAGCUCCUCGCCGCGCUCGGGGAGUACCUCUCCGGCUCCGCGGCCCGCGGGGACGUCGAGGCGGAGGCGGACGACGAGUUCAUGAUGCACGAGUUCAAGGUGCGGCGGUGCGCGCGCGCGCGGAGCCACGACUGGACGGCGUGCCCCUACGCGCACCCGGGCGAGGCCGCGCGGCGCCGGGACCCGCGCCGCGUCGCCUACGCGGGGGAGCCGUGCCCGGACUUCCGGCGCCGCCCGGGCGCCGCCACCGCCGCGUGCCCGCGCGGGGCCGCCUGCCCGCUCGCGCACGGCACCUUCGAGCUGUGGCUCCACCCGUCCCGCUACCGCACCCGCCCCUGCCGCGCGGGCGCCGCCUGCCGCCGCCGCGUCUGCUUCUUCGCGCACGCCGCGGCCGAGCUCCGCGCCGCCGCGAAUCCCAAGGACGGGUGCUCUCCGCUCUCGCUCUCGCUCUCGCCAAAGUCCACCCUGCAGGCGGCGCUCUGGGAGUCGCCGCCGGUGUCCCCCGUGGAGGGCCGCAGGUGGGUCGACGAGCCGUCGGAGGACGCCGACGCCGACGCCGAGAUGGAGGAGCUGAUGCUCGCGAUGCGGGAGCUCAGCUUCAGGAAGGCCCAGGCGUCGCCAGCGCCGGUUCUGCCUGCCGUCACAGAGGACGACGGGCCGGACUUGGGGUGGGUGUCGGAGCUGGUGAUGUAGGCGAGGCAUAUGCCAGCGCCUGCCCGGUGCCGACGCCCGAAAUUAAUCAAAGCCAAGACGUGGACGCCGCCAUCUCCAGAGGCGCCUCUCGCCGUUUGGAACAGCUUCAUUAAGCAAUGUUUAUUUUUAGCAUUUCCAUGAAUUGCAUCAUUCUUCUGUGGAUAGACCAAACAUGGUGCAAGUAUUAAUACUGCAAUCUGUAAGCGUGGCGUGUGUGCCCCCCUUCUCUUUUUUUUUCCGGAGACCAUGGCCUCACUCAACAUGCUACUGUCGUCCAUGGUUUUCGUUCGAUCGUGUUACUACUACCAGUACCAGUGUACGUCUAACCAAGUGCAGUUGGCAGUGUGUGUUCCAUUCCAUCCCUGCAGCUGCAGGGAUCGAUGUUGCAUUUGCAAAAUAGGAACCCAAGCAAA